UUUUCGAAGUUGAAAGUUGCGAAAAUCAGCUGCGGGCAGUAAGUAUUUGACUUUGAACAAAUUUUACUCAAAAUUUUCAACGGACACAUGGAUAUUUCAAUACAGCAAAAUGUUCGUAAUUUUAUCGUCUUUAAAAUGAGCUUAUAACGAAAGUUCUACCUCUCAUCGUUCAAAAGAUCUUGAAGAUCAAAGUUGCGGAAAGUAAAAUACUGAUCAAAACUAAGUGACUGAUAACAGUGAUAACACAAUUUGACCACUUUCCGCAACUUUGAACUUCAAAAACUUUUGAACGGUUGAAGGUAGAGCUUUCGGUAAACAACCAUUUUAAAAAGGAUACAAUUACGAACAUUUUGAUGUAUUAAAAUACCUACGUGUCCACUGAAAAUUUCGAGUAAUAUUAGUUCAAAGUUCAGUACUUACCAUCCGCAGCUUGUUUUCCCAACUUUCAACUUCGAAAACUUUUGAACGGUUGCAUGUAGAGCUUUCGGUAAUAGCUCAUUUUAAAGAGGAUAAAAUAACGAACAUUUUGCUGUAUUAAAAUACCUAUGCGUCCACUGAAAAUUUCGAGUAUUUUUAGUUUAAAGACGACGUAAGUAGUACGCAGAAAUCAGUAAAAUUGAAGUAUUCAUAAAGUCGUUAUUUUUUCAUGAAAUGAUCAAAAUUUAACAUCGAUCGAUAGGAAAUUUUAUUGUCUUUAAUUUGAGACUACACGUAAGUUCACCCGGACUCGCGAACUAUCGAGAAAAUUGCAUUUUUUACGUGAGAAAUUGUAUGCAUACUUACUAGUCCGUUAUCACUCAGGGAACAAAAUGGCCGAUGCGCUCACCCACUUUAUAUAGAGCCUUAUACGCGACAGCGACAGUGUCGUCGUCGCGAACGUCAAUCAAUCAAAAAUUUCAUUAAGUAGGUACUUACCUACUUUUACGCUCAAACUGUGGAAAAGUUUAAACCGAAAGCCAAAAAGUUGAGAAAAUUUUCUUUAUUCUUCUUUGGCACAGAAAAACUGCUGAAUUGGCUGAACGCUGAAAUUUGAAUUUCGUACGUUGAACAUUUUUGAAGUUUUUCCAAGGUUUUUCUCAAUUUUUAAUUAUUAAAAAUUUCUUUUCAAUCGACUUAACGGCGUUUUAACUUUAAGGUGUACGAUUGAAUAUUCUUGAUAUACGCAAACCUCUCAUCAUCAAUUCUUUCCAUUAGCGAAAACUGUAGAAAUGGCGAAUCGUCAUUUUACACCGAAGUACGCUGGUUCAAACGCGAAAGAUUACAACUUCAAUACUUCUGAAAAUUCUAGGUAUAAUUAUCAGACAACUCCUCGAUUCAAGCCCAAAGUGCAAACUUCAUCAACACCGAAAUCAGAUCGGAACGACGAAGAAAGAAUGAUGACGCUGAAAAGAAAUUACGACGGUGAAACAGAAAUCAAAUUCCCCAUAGGAAAUAAUAAAUUUAUCCGGGAAACUCAAAAAUUAUUCAAUAAGUAUUUCUCCGGCGAAAAUAGUAACGAUUUGGAUACGCAGCCCUUCGAAACUCCUACGCCUAUCGAUGUUCCUUCAGCUUCGAAGAAUUCCGAUGUCUCAAAACGUUUAAAAUCCGUUCCUACACCUUCAACCAAAGAAAUUUCUUACACAGAAUUCCAGUCAAACAAUCCUAAAUUAAGAGAAAAAUCCAUCGCUAGAAAAGAUUUAUUGCAAGAAAAUACCCAAUCGUAUUCGCAACAAAUUAUCGAUAGAAAAAUGAUACACCUCGUCGGUUGCGUAGAACAUGUCAUGAAAUGGGACCAAACUCUAAAAAAUGCUAGCGUAAGCGUAAUAUAUAACGUUCUAGGUUCAUUUGUAAAUACUAUAAACGGAUGUUGGCCAAUGGAAAAAUGUAUUUUCAUCAAAGGAAACAAUGGCACAGUUCUCGAAUGUAGUUUCUUCGAAAUCGACAGACCCUGUCCUGUUUUCACGCGAGGUCAAUUCGUAUCAUGUAUAGGACAAAUGAUCGGUAUCCAGAAACUGAAAUUGUACGAUAUUCAAAUUCUAGAAGAAUCACAACGAAGUGAAACUCAACGCGCAAUUUUCCUCAGUCAGCGAAUGACCCAAGAAUUAGCUCCUCGUAAAUCGUUUUCAUAAAUUUGUUUUAGUCUAAAUUUCACAAGAUGUAAAUUAUUUUAUUUUGUUCUACAUAUUCCUAGAAGAAUCUCCUUAUUUAUUUGACGUUUUAAUAUAAAUUAUUACCUAUUUUA